AUGUCCAAGAUGUCGGCUUUGGCCACUGGUGCGGCCACAGUUGCUGCUGCGACCGCCUUUGUCGGAGUGCCGCAGGCACGGCAGCCUACUCUCCGUAGCACUCAGCACAGGUCAGGCAAAGCUGCUGCCGGCACCAGUGCGGCAGGUGCAGCCGGCGUCGGCCUCGGUGCCAUCGGUGCCAUUGGCUUGGCUGCCUCGCUCGUGCGCCCCACAGCUACGAGAUCCGGUGUCGUGCGCUGUGCCUAUGAUGCCUCCAAUGAGAUUGGCGCGUGCGACCCGUUGCUGUUUUGGGAUCCGGUUGGCUACUGCCAGGACGGCUGCACGAAGGAGGACUUCGACCGCCGGAGGGCCGUCGAGUUGAAGCACGGAAGGCUCUGUAUGGUUGCCACGAUCGGCAUGCUCUGGCCGGACGUCUUCGGAAAGUUCGACGGGUACCUGUCCCCAUCGCAGAACCUGAAAUUCGCAGAUGUUCCUUCGGGAAUUGCGGCGGUCAGCAAAGUCCCCCUAGAGGGCUGGCUUCAGGUCUUACUAGUGGCGGGCCUCAUUGAGACUCAGCUCUUCAAGGAUCAGUCCUUCGGAGGCUUCGCCUAUGGUAAGUAUGGGGCAGAGCCUGGCAACUUCGGUACUGGUUACUGGGGCAGGAAGAUCCAGGAUCCAGCAGAGCGUCGGCUAAAGCUGACCACGGAGCUGAACAAUGGCCGUUUGGCCAUGAUUGCAAUGGCUGGCAUGCUGAUCCAGAAUGGCCUCACCGGGCAGUCCCCGAUCGAACAGCUGCAGGCUGGCCACUACUCGCCCUUCAACGAUGGUCAGGGCUUCUUCGCCUUCGACCCUUCCCAGGAGCUCGGCGCCUGCCCCCCCCUGGGCUACUGGGACCCCUUUGGCAUGAUGGCGUUCCAGGAUGAGGAGAAGUUCCGCCGCAACCGCGAGCUGGAGCUCAAGCACGGCAGGAUUUGCAUGGCCGCCACAAUCGGGAUGAUCGUGCCUGACCUCUUUGGCCGCUUCGGUGGUUACCUCUCGCCCAGCGCGGGCCUGAAGUUCUCCGACAUCCCUUGCACCAUUGAGGCCAUCUACAAGGUCCCCACCUUCGGCUGGUUGCAGAUCCUUGCCUUUGCAGGUGCCAUUGAGGCCAAGAAUCAGGCAUUCCCGGAGAACUAUGGCUACCCUCCCUUCUGGGGCCGAAUCAACACCCUCGAGCCCGAGGAGAAGCAAAAGAAGCUGCUGGCUGAGAUCAACAACGGCCGUUUGGCCAUGGUUGCCAUGGCCGCCAUUGUGGCGCAGAAUGGUGCCACUGGCCAGUCCCUCGUCGAGCAGUUCACAACAGGUAACUUGAACCCCUUCGUGGGUGGCUACGCGCAGCGUGAGGCUGGUGACAGGGUGGCGAUGCGGGCCGAGUUCGGCUCUGGUGCCGGCAAGUCCACGGCACUUCCCUGGGACCCCAUUCCGGAGGGCCUGACCAACGACAUCUUCAACUCGACCUACGUCGGAGAUGUGGGCUUCGAUCCUGCAGGCUUCGCGAAGAACCAGCGCCUGCUUCCUUGGUACCGCGAAGCCGAGCUCGCGCAUGGCCGCGUUUGCAUGCUCGCGGUGCUGGGCUACACCGUGCAGACUGCCGGUGCCAAGUUCGAGCCUUUCAUCACCCGUUACCCGACGGAUUCCGCGGACCCCCUGAAGGCGGCCACGCAGGUUCCGAUCAUCGGCUGGCUUCAGAUAAUUGUUGUGAUCGCGCUGUCUGAGCUCUGGCGCUACGAGAACGUCAUCAGCAAGUACUCCCAGGGCGUCCAGCCGGGGGACCUCGGCUGGAAUCCGACAGCCCCGGUGAGCAGCCCGCGUCCCAAGUGGUUUGGUCCUACCUUCACGGCCGCUUACCAGCCAGAGGAGUGGAACAACAUGAAGCUACGUGAGAUCAAGCACUGCCGUCUGGCUAUGGUGGGCUUCUUCUUCAUGGUGCUCAGAAAUGCAUCCACCGGCGAGGGACCUUCGCUACUCCCCAACUUGGCGGCUGCGGAGUUCCAGUCUUCCGUUGGCGACUUCAUUCCCAGGGACAUCUGA